AAAUCCGCACUAGCGCCUUAGUCCUUCUCGCAGACCGUCGACUGCCUGGCAUCGCCGUGCAUCGGGCUGCUGUGCUGAGACUUUGUUUCAAGUAAAAAAAAAAACAAAAACGCCAACAAAAAACCAAACAAAAAAACAAAAACCUUCGCUUGCUCAGCCACUUCCAUUUUUUCCCCUGCAGUCUCGCUGGUUUGACGUGGUUGUUUUUCUUUUUUGGUUUUUUUUUUUUUUUUUUUUUUUUUUUUUGGGUGUUCUUUUUUUUUUUUUUUUUUUUUUUUUCUGUUUUCUUUCCCUUCAUGUGGUUGGAUUUGGUGGAUCCGGAGCCAAAGCUGAUUUUUUUCCUCGGUGGGGUGUGCGUGUGGCGUGCGGGGAUUUUCUCGCUGCGUUUUUUAUCUUCUGCUGCUUUUUUAAAUCUUGGUUUUGAACCUGAGCCGGGAAAAAUGGGAAACGGUGCUUCCGUCAGAAGGGGAAUCUCUCCAUCACUGUUGUUGGGACGUGUGCCUGUGGUGCUAGUGUUUUAGAGAAAUAGCCUGACAGCUUUCGGAGUGGAAGGCCAAAUGACAUAGGAUGAAGGCUGUUCGUAAUUUGCUGAUUUAUAUAUUUUCCACCUAUCUACUGGUUAUGUUUGGAUUUAAUGCUGCCCAAGACUUCUGGUGUUCCACGUUGGUGAAGGGGGUCAUUUAUGGAUCGUAUUCUGUAAGUGAAAUGUUUCCUAAAAACUUCACAAACUGCACUUGGACGCUGGAAAAUCCAGAUCCAACCAAAUAUAGCAUUUACCUGAAAUUUUCCAAAAAGGACUUCAGCUGCUCCAACUUUUCCCUCUUGGCUUAUCAGUUUGAUCAUUUUUCUCAUGAAAAAAUAAAGGAUCUUUUAAAAAAUAACCAUUCUAUAAUGCAGCUCUGCAACUCCAAGAAUGCUUUUGUAUUUCUGCAGUAUGAUAAGAAUUUUAUUCAGAUACGUCGUGUCUACCCUAUCAACUUCCCAGGAUUACACAAAAAAGAAGAAGACCAAAAAUCCUUCUUUGAAUUUUUGGUGUUGAACAAGGUGAGCCCAAGCCAGUUUGGGUGCCAUGUGUUAUGCACUUGGUUGGAGAGCUGCUUGAAAUCUGAAAAUGGGAGAACCGAGUCCUGUGGGAUCAUGUAUACAAAAUGCACCUGCCCUCAGCAUUUGGGAGAAUGGGGAAUAGACGACCAGUCCCUGGUGUUGCUCAAUAACGUGGUGCUGCCCCUCAACGAGCAGACUGAAGGCUGCCUGACCCAGGAGCUGCAAACCACCCAGGUCUGCAAUCUCACCAGAGAAGCCAAGCGGCCGCCAAAAGAAGAAUUUGGAAUGAUGGGAGAUCAUACAAUUAAAAGUCAGCGACCUCGAUCUGUUCAUGAGAAAAGGGUCCCUCAGGAACAAGCUGAUGCUGCUAAAUUUAUGGCACAAACUGGUGAAUCUGGUGUUGAAGAGUGGGCCCAGUGGAGUACGUGUUCAGUUACUUGUGGUCAAGGGUCGCAGGUGCGAACCAGAACUUGUGUAUCACCUUACGGGACACACUGCAGCGGCCCUUUAAGAGAAUCAAGGGUUUGCAAUAACACUGCCCUCUGUCCAGUACAUGGCGUUUGGGAGGAAUGGUCACCUUGGAGUUUGUGUUCAUUCACAUGUGGUCGAGGCCAAAGAACUAGGACAAGGUCAUGUAUACCUCCCCAGUAUGGGGGAAGAUCAUGUGAUGGACCUGAAACACAGCACAAACCUUGCAAUAUUGCACUCUGCCCUGUGGACGGACAGUGGCAGGAGUGGAGCCCGUGGAGCCAGUGCUCGGUGACCUGCUCCAAUGGCACCCAGCAGCGGAGCAGGCAGUGCACGGCGGCGGCCCACGGCGGCUCCGAGUGCCGCGGGCCCUGGGCCGAGAGCCGCGAGUGCCACAACCCCGAGUGCACCGCAAAUGGCCAAUGGAACCAGUGGGGCCACUGGAGUGGCUGCUCCAAAUCCUGUGAUGGUGGCUGGGAGAGGCGGAUAAGGAUCUGUCAAGGCGCUGCUGUGACUGGGCAGCAGUGUGAAGGAGCUGGAGAGGAAGUGAGACGGUGCAGUGAGCAGAGGUGUCCUGCGCCUUAUGAAAUAUGUCCUGAAGACUAUUUGAUGUCAAUGGUGUGGAAAAGAACCCCAGCUGGGGACAUGGCAUUCAAUCGAUGUCCUCUCAAUGCCACAGGCACCACUAGCAGACGCUGCUCUCUCAGUGUUCAUGGAGUGGCCUUUUGGGAACAACCAAGCUUUGCUAGAUGCAUAUCAAACGAGUACAGACACUUGCAGCAUUCAAUUAAAGAGCAUCUUGCCAAGGGUCAGAGGAUGCUGGCUGGUGAUGGCAUGUCCCAAGUAACCAAGACACUCUUGGAUUUAACACAAAGGAAAAACUUUUAUGCUGGGGACCUUCUGAUUUCUGUGGAAAUUCUCAGAAAUGUUACAGACACGUUUAAAAGAGCAAGUUAUAUCCCUGCAUCUGAUGGGGUGCAGAACUUCUUUCAAAUCAUAAGUAAUCUCUUAGAUGAAGAAAACAAAGAGAAAUGGGAAGAUGCGCAACAGAUCUAUCCAGGCUCAGUGGAGUUAAUGCAGGUGAUUGAAGAUUUUAUACACAUUGUUGGAAUGGGAAUGAUGGACUUUCAGAAUUCGUAUCUAAUGACUGGAAAUGUAGUGGCUAGCAUUCAGAAGCUUCCUGCUGCAUCUGUUUUAACUGACAUCAAUUUCCCCAUGAAAGGAAGAAAAGGAAUGGUUGAUUGGGCACGAAACUCAGAAGACAGGGUUGUCAUUCCAAAAAAUAUCUUCACUCCUAUGUCAACAGAACUAGAUGAAUCAACUGUAUUUGUACUUGGAGCAGUGCUAUACAAAAAUUUAGAACUCAUUUUGCCCACUUUGAGGAAUUUUACAGUUGUUAAUUCAAAAAUCAUUGUUGUUACUAUACGACCUGAGCCUAAAACUACAGAUUCUUUCCUGGAGAUAGAACUGGCCCACCUGUCUAAUGGCACAUUGAAUCCCUACUGUGUGCUGUGGGAUGAUUCAAGAAUGAACGACUCUUUGGGAACCUGGUCCACCCAGGGAUGUAAAACUGUGCUUACCGAUGCAUCCCAUACGAAAUGCUUAUGUGAUCGUCUCUCUACCUUCGCCAUUUUGGCUCAGCAACCUAGAGAAAUAAUCAUGGAAUCAUCUGGUACACCCUCAGUGACCUUAAUAGUAGGCAGUGGUCUUUCCUGCUUGGCCUUGAUCACUCUAGCAGUUGUCUAUGCAGCAUUAUGGAGGUACAUCAGAUCUGAGAGGUCCAUAAUUCUAAUCAAUUUCUGCCUGUCGAUUAUCUCAUCAAAUAUUCUUAUCCUGGUUGGACAAACUCAGACACAUAACAAGGGCAUCUGCACCACAACCACCGCAUUUUUACACUUCUUCUUCUUAGCUUCAUUCUGUUGGGUUUUGACAGAAGCGUGGCAGUCUUAUAUGGCUGUUACUGGAAAAAUUAGGACACGGCUCAUAAGGAAGCGUUUCCUGUGCCUUGGAUGGGGACUGCCAGCAUUAGUGGUUGCAAUAUCAAUAGGCUUUACCAAGACAAAAGGAUAUGGAACAGCUCACUACUGCUGGCUGUCUCUGGAAGGAGGACUACUUUAUGCUUUCGUUGGACCUGCAGCUGCUGUUGUCUUGGUCAACAUGGUGAUUGGCAUUUUGGUAUUUAAUAAACUUGUUUCCAGGGAUGGAAUCCUAGAUAAAAAACUCAAACACAGAGCGGGUCAGAUGAGUGAACCUCAUAGCGGUUUGACGCUCAAAUGUGCCAAGUGUGGAGUAGUUUCAACAACAGCUUUGUCAGCCACCACCGCCAGUAAUGCCAUGGCAUCCCUUUGGAGCUCCUGUGUGGUGUUGCCACUUCUAGCACUGACUUGGAUGUCUGCAGUUCUGGCCAUGACAGACAAAAGAUCUAUAUUAUUUCAGAUACUUUUUGCAGUAUUUGAUUCAUUACAAGGCUUUGUUAUUGUCAUGGUCCAUUGUAUUCUUCGAAGGGAGGUUCAAGAUGCAUUCAGAUGUCGGCUAAGAAAUUGCCAGGAUCCAAUCAAUGCAGAUUCUUCAAGUUCUUUUCCUAAUGGACAUGCUCAAAUCAUGACUGAUUUUGAGAAGGAUGUGGACAUUGCUUGUCGGUCAGUUCUGCAUAAAGACAUUGGGCCUUGCAGAGCAGCCACUAUAACAGGAACCCUUUCUAGAAUUUCACUAAAUGAUGAAGAGGAGGAAAAGGGACCAAACCCUGAAGGAAUGAGCUAUUCAACCUUGCCUGGAAACAUCAUCUCCAAAGUCAUCAUCCAGCAACCAACAGGUCUCCACAUGCCCAUGAGUAUGAGUGAACUGGCCAACCAGUGCCUGAAAAAGGACAACAGUGAGCUGCGGAGGACCGUGUACUUGUGCACUGACGAUAAUUUGAGAGGCGCAGACAUGGACAUCGUCCAUCCUCAGGAGCGCAUGAUAGACAGCGACUACAUCGUCAUGCCCCGGGGCUCCGUCAACACCCAGCCUUCGCUCAAGGAUGAGAGCAAAAUGAAUAUAGGCAUGGAUACCUUGCCUCACGAAAGGCUCUUGCACUACAAAGUUAAUCCCGAGUUCAAUAUGAAUCCCUCUGUGAUGGACCAGUUUAAUAUCAAUUUAGACCAGCAUCUUCCCACCCAAGAACACAUGCAGAGUUUGCCAUUUGAGCCCCGCACAGCAGUGAAGAAUUUCAUUGCCUCAGAGCUGGAUGACAAUGCAGGAUUAUCGAGAAGCGAAACUGGAUCCACAAUAUCAUUGAGCUCUUUAGAGAAGUGUUUAUACCUAGAAAACAAGACUAAAGUUUCAGAGCCAGUCUGUAUGAAAAAAUAUAGUUCUGGAGAUUUAACAUUCCACACGACUGCCGAGGAUUUCGUGACCUACCAGAGAAGAAAAUCACGUUAUUCGGACCUUGACUUUGAAAAGGUCAUGCAUACAAGAAAGAGGCAUAUGGAAUUGUUUCAAGAGUUAAAUCAGAAAUUUCAGACUCUGGACAGAUUUCGGGAUGUACCAAAAUCAGGCAGUAUGGAGAACUCAGGACCGAGCAAGGCUCCAUGGGACAGUUUCAAAACCACAGGUGACUACCAACACUAUACAACGAUAAAUGUAUUAGACACAGAGGCAAAAGAUGCUUUAGAACUCAGACCAGCAGAAUGGGAGAAGUGUCUGAACUUGCCUUUAGACGUGCAAGAAGGUGACUUUCAAACAGAAGUUUAACAAAAAGGAACUGAACAAAACAGAAACAAAGUUAAAAUAAUUAAUUGCACUGACAAUAAAAAGACUUUGGGAAUCCUGACGCUCUUGUCUGAACAUUGCAACUCCUUUAUGUCAGGCUCUUCCUGUGCCAAAUGUCAGUGGUUUUUUCGUACAGUAUAUUCCCACUAGUGCAGCUAGUGGAGAACCAGGUGUACAAUUCUUACCAUCGUGUGUUGUAAGUACCCGUGGAAUGGAUUUGUAAGGUAAUCUUUAUAGAUAAACCUCAAGCAACGAUUCAUGUUGUAACAGCUUCAUUUGGUUUAGUUUUCAAAAAACUUCACCAUGAAGCACAAUGUAUAUAUUUAUGCAGUUUUUAAAGUUUAUAACAGUCUGUUUGGCCAUUACUACACUUUUUACUUUAUAAUAUAAAAGCAAAGUUUUUGUCAUUAAAUGAAUGUCUGUUGAGCUACAUUCUUCAUUGCUUUAAAUGCAAUAAAGUAAUAAUCUCACUUUUAUAUGAAUAAUAUAUUUCACAUCUUUAUUAUUGCAGUUUUCUCUGGAAAGCUCAGAACAGCUUUCUCUGCUGCAGCUGUGUAUAAAAUAUUUAAAAUGUUGUAUGGUGUAAAUAAACCU